AUGGCAACUUGUAUCUACCCUGCAUUUACAAAGAAACCUGGCCCGAGAAAGGGCUACAAGAGAAUAGCACCCACCAGCGACAAAUCAAAUGACCCUCUGCCGCCCCAAGAAACACAGACUUUGGGCUCAGCACUCGACGACAAUGGCGAAUGGGAUGAAAGUUGGUCGCAAAAUGCCCUGGGACAGAUGAGCUGGUCUCAAUCUUCCUUCUCCGGAGACACGUUUCAUCCCCUUUCAAGCCUGGAUCCCACACUCGAAGUUACAGCAUUGGCGACAACCCUCGAAUCCGUACCUUCACAACCGCCGUGGAGCAAUUCCCCAAUAAAGGACUCUCCUCUUCCUUCCAAAGCACUCAUCGUUCACCUGUUAGAUGUCUAUUUUGACUACGUCCAUCCGCAGAUCCGCCUCCUCCACCAACCAAGCUUUGUCAGCCGGGUUGAAAGUGGCUCGUACGCGUUGGACGAGCAGGCAACGCUCAUCCUGUCAAGCAUAUUUGCUUUGGCGGCGAGAUAUUCGGAUCAUCCUGAAGUCGACCUUUUUGACCGCAUGCUGCUGCGUCGGGCGUCUGGCAGCUACGACAGCCAAGAUGACAUCCGCUACAAGAGCCGAAAGCGAUGGGAGCGUGGCCAAGGCUUUCUCAGUCAGGCAUACCGGCUCCUCAUGAAUGAAACCUCAAGAAUGGACAGGCUGGAGCUUGAAAGCGGCGAGAUGCAGAGGCCGUCGAUUACAGUCGUGCAAGCUGCUGCCAUUGUUACUUUUGCACAAAUGGGAAUCGGACUUAGUGGUCGGACGUAUUCCUUGCUAUCAACCACAGUGCGAUUGGCCCAUGACUGUGGCUUGGAUCAAGUCGACUAUAACGACGAAACAAUAUCCAUGUCGAGGGAUAGCGAUUCAGAGCCUUGCAAAUCCACAUGGGUCAAGAAGGAGGAGCUGCGGCGCACCUGGUGGGUCAUUGCGUAUCUGGAGAACUUCAUCUGCGUAACAAAAGACAGGCCGCGCAUGAUUGAUUGGGGAAAAUGCAAGACGAAGCUUCCGUGUGACGACAAGGUCUGGUUCCAAGGGCGUUAUUGCCCAUCGGAUUUCCUACCAGCGAGCCUCGACGAUUUGCGAGCAUCUCUGACAGUACAGCCUCAACUCUCUGUCCUGGCAUAUCGGAUCAGAACAAUGCAUCUUGGCGCAAAGAUGCUCGAAGAAGCUAUGAAUCAUGACGAUGCUCUUGAAUCAAACGAAAUUCUCACCAAAAUCCAAGAUGUAUUUGCCAUUUCCAGCAAGAUUCGAUGCUUCAAACAUGCAACACCCUCUGACAUCUUUAAUCUCUGCCACGAUCUGUCCCGCCGGCGACGACAGGGCAACGACAAUGGCACAUCGCCCGAGACCAAAGCGUUUUCUCGGGCGCUAUCUGCAUCCGAGACCGUUUGCUCCAUUCUUCGAGAUUCGUCGGCCGACGAUGUGCCACGCUCCUGUCCUUACCCCGCCUCUGUCCUAUGGGUGCCCGCAUGCCUCCAAUUGCUUGUCAAGCUAUUCACUCGAGCCGAUCCGGAACUGGCAGAGAGGGCGUCGCUUUCCUUGCAAAUCUUGACCAUGACGUUGGAGCGAUUUGCUGAGUUCUCGGGUCUUGGCCGAUUCGUCUUGAAUUCUUUCCGGCGGUACGAGAAGAAGCUGACUGACCUGCAGUGGGCAGACAGCAAACCGGGUGACGACGACCAUUGGAUCUUGUCACGCAUCUUGUUCUUUCCGGACCACAUCAAUGCUCUGUCUCUGAAGGAGGUGACAUCAAUCGACCAUUCAGAGGGACUGGUAGAUCCCGCUCUCGCUCUGUAUCAGGAACCCAGCGCACAAUUCAGCAUUGGGAGAGAUGUUAUUGUGCAAGAUGGCAUUGAUAGCUUUGACUACAUCACCAAAGACUCGAAUUGGAUCUGGUCAGAAGGCGUUAAUGGAUUCUAA